AUGGAGAAACUUGAUAAGAAAGAAGAAGAAACAUGUUAUGCAUAUGUCGAUGCUGAAAUGGCUCAAUUCGAAGAAGUAGCUGGAACAUGUUCAAAUAAAGAUAAUGUUGAUGAACAUUGUUGUACAGUAAGAAGUGUUACUAUUGGUUUAAUGUAUGUUAUUGGAAUGUCAUAUCUACAGCAAUGGGGAAUUUUUCAAAAUAUGGCUCCAUUUAUAGCAUCAGUUUUAGUUAUUGUUUCUUCAUUUCCAUUAGGACAUUUAUGGACUUUAAUUGUACCUAGAUCAAGAAAAUUUACAUUAAAAGAACAUGCAUUUAUUUUAGUUAUGGCUAAUGUUGCCUAUCUGUAUAAUUCAGUUUUUAUCUAUGCUACUUUAACAACAUUGAAAGUACUUGAAAGAGAAGAUGCCAAUUUUGCUUAUUAUUUCUUUUUUGUUCUUUCAAUUCAAUUUCUUGGAUUCGGUCUUGCAGGAAUUCUUCGUCGAUUUUUGGUUUGGCCAUGUGAAGUUAUUUGGCCACAAAAUCUACCAUUAAUAGCUGUAUUACGUACAUUUCAUGAACGCCAAUCGAGUGUAACAGAAGCAUCAUAUGGAAGUCAACAUCUAAGUUUAAUACAAAAAUUAUUAAAUAAUCGUUUAUUAUUUUUUUGUGUUAUAUCAAUAAUUGCAUUUGUAUAUGAAUGGCUACCAUUAUAUAUAAUGCCAAUAUUAGCUUAUUUUUCUUGGAUGUGUUGGAUUAGCCCAUCAAACAAUGCUUUAGCACAAUUAACAGCAGUACGUGGUCUUGCUAUAGGUGGUGGAGGUUUAUCAUUAGAUUGGUAUCAAGUAACAAUAUAUCUUGGAUCACCAUUAAUUUUACCUGGUUGGGCAUUAAUUAAUAUUGCAUUUGGUUUUGUUUUAAUUAUUUGGUUUAUUGUUCCAAUUGUAUAUGGAACAAAUAUAAGAUCAUUUACAACAUUACCAAUAGGUGGAGUUGUAUCAACAGAAUUUACAGCAUUAAGUUUAGUUACUGCAUUUGCAUCAUUUGCAAGUAUAACAGCUGUUUUUGUUCAUGCAUUAUUAUUUCAUGGUAUUGAUAUAUGGCAACAAUUUCGUACAAAAACAUUAGCAAACAUGGGCAAUGAUAUGCAUGCUCGUAUGAUAUCACUUUAUAAAACAGUUCCUGAUUGGUGGUAUUUAGAAUUAUUUGCAUUAGCAUUGAUUGUUGCUUGUGUUACAUGUGAUCAUGCUGGUUGGUUAAGUUGGUAUUAUGUUUUAUUAUCAUUAUUUAUUGGAGCUUUAUUUACAUUACCGUUUGGAUUGGUAUCAUCUAUAACUGGACAAUUACUGCAUAAUUUAUCUGUUUAUUAUAUAUGUUUAUUAAUUGCACAAUCAUUAUCAUUACAGACAUCAGCAAAAAAUAUUUAUACAUUUAUUGCACUUGGUUAUGUUGUAUUUGUUCAAACAUUGGCUUUAAUUCAAGAUAUGAAAUUAGCUCAUUAUAUUAAAAUAGGUCCACGUCCAUUAUUUGCUGCGCAAUGUCUUGCAGGUUUUGUAUGUUCAACAUUUUCGAUUGCAAUUCGUUAUAUGUAUUUUAAACAAGGAAAAAAAACAGUUAAUUGGUCAAUAUUUAAUAAUACUAAACUUGGUUGGACACUUUUAAAUGAUUACAAUGGAUUUUUUAAUGGAACUAAUUUAGCUAAUCGAGAUUUAUUAUGGGCAUUUUUAGUUGGAGCAUUUAUACCAAUACCAGGAUGGUUUUUAUCAAAAUUUAAACGUUUUCAUUGGUUAAAUAAACUACAUUGGCCAUUAAUAUUUGUUACUAUUGGUUGGAUGCCAUCCAUUGUACCAGCCGGUGCACUAUUUACUUGGCUUUUAAUUGGUCUAAUUGUUUAUUUUUCAUUUGGUAAAUAUAGUUGGAGACAACGUCAUGUUUAUUUAGUUUCGGCUGCUCUUGAUUUGGGUCUUAAUAUAACAAUAAUUAUUGUUAGUACUGCAUUCAAAAAUAAAAAUAUUGCUUUUCCAGAAUGGUGGGGAAAUAAAAAUACUACUGUUUAUGAUAGUUGUGAAAAAGCUGUUCAAACUUGGUAA